ACGUCGUUGCUAUGUGACGUCCUUUGUCGGAAGUUGCGGUACAGGAGGUGAUCGCAACAUUUUCUUUAUUCCGGCAUAAAUUUCUUUAAAAUGUCGACAAAUCGUAAUAUUUCUACACUUCCGCUGGACGCACUUCGCUCAGUUACUCUUCAACAGGAAAUGGCAUCAGAGAAUAAGGACCAGAGACCUCCUAGUAGGAACAAUGAUCGGUCUUUCUCUCACAUUAUUAGCGACAAAAAUCUUCAGCUACGCGUAGAGAAUAGAAAGCUGCGCCGUUGUAUGGCUCUGUUCAUGGAGAACUCAAGCUUAAAGACAGCUAAUGUUCUGGCAUCUGUGUUGUCGAUGUCUGACAAUAGAUUAAGGCAAUUUAUGACAGAAAAGAUAUUAGAUCCACGUAUAAAUCUAGAAGCAAUAGACUUUAAGGCACAAUCCGAUGCUCCCCAGCUGUUACAACAGCCAAAUGAUGCGUCUACCAGCUAUGGAAUGUCGUUUCAAAACAUAGAUCUAAAUGAUCUACAAAGUCAUAGCUACAGAAGUUAUGAUGACAGUUAUAUGAAGUCUACUCGUAGAAGUCAUUCUCCAGUGUCGCCGUCAAGGUCAAUUCGCCCGCCAAUGAGAUUCGGUGUUGGGAAAAGCCCAUAUAGCAAGUCACCAGAUAGGUCUCCGACCGGACAUUCAUUCUCUACAAAGUUCAAUAAUUCUACUAUAGAACAAGGGCAAGGUCAACAGUCUUUGCAGUCAAGAUCAAAAUCUAUUGAAAGCAAAAGCGGCAAGUAUUCAAGGGAUUCUAACAGUCUUCUAGGCGAGGUAACGUAUGAUAAAAGUAUUAACAAACGUGCAAGCAGUGCUCCACCGAUAAAGAGGCUUGUUUUUGACAAUGGACAAUUCAAAGUAAAUGAAAACAGUGCUUUCUCACAAGUCAAAAGCAGACAGCCAUGCAGAGACUGUUCUUUACGUAUUUGCAGCCUUAACCACGCAAGGCCCGAAAAAGACAGCACUGCCAUCAACUCCUCUUCAAACAACGAAUCGCUGCCCGUGUUUAUAGAUGCAAAACCUCAGCUCAGGAGUGUAAAAUAUAACCGAUCACCGGUCAGCGAUUAUCAAACAGCCCAGCACUUAUUGUAUGAUGCUCAAGAUGGUCUGUACAAUGAAAACCAGUCCAAUCAGCCGCAAAUUCCUACAGACAGGAAGAUAAAACGUCAUUUGGCAAAGUCCGUAAACUUGACUCGUACACCUCAGGAGUUAUCGGACAACACUCUUCAAACAGAAAAUGUCAAAGGUAAUCCGGAUACAUCGGCCAUGGCCCAAGAAGACCAUAAUCGAAGCACACAGCCAUCUUUUCGAGAUGAAGACAUGACAUUGUCGGAACUUCAUGGCAGGACUGAUUUGGACAGAAAGUCUGUGCGUAGUGACCUAAACCAUGUUGAAGACAGCUCUUCCAAAAGUAGCAAACCUACACAAGUACCGGUACAUGUAAAUAGUUCUGGCACCUGUGUAGACAGACCGGAAGAUAUAGGUACACCGCAGGCAUCCUCUACACCUUUACCAGCAAAUAAACCACACCAUGAUAUCCAAAGCCAAGCCAACAUCCUUUCAAGCGAUUCACUAGCUUACAUCAUGGGGAUCAAAGGUCCAGGCGCUCUUGAAAAAGCCAUAUAUGUGCUUCAUCGUCCACUAGAUGUCCUUAUAGGUUACUAUCCGCGUAUUCCUAAAGGAAUUUUCAGCAAUCUGUCAAUGUCCAAACCAAAUAUGCGUAUUAUAGGAGAAAUAGCGUUUCAACUUGACCGACGAAUUCUCGAAUAUGUCUUCUCAGUGACAGAUGACAAGCAAAACAACAAAAGGCGAUCACGUUACUAUGGCUACAGCGUUUCAAGUAUCAGGAUGCUGAUAAGAAAAGAAGUUCAGCGUUCUGGCAAUGACCCGGAUCUUGAUUCCUAUCUGAGAGCCAGGCUAGACCACAUUGUAAAGGCGUUACAACCACUAAAAUUUGAUGUGGAAUAUCACCCGGAGUUCACACAAAAUAUUGUCAACAAGUAUGGGCUGUUAAACGGUACCCCAAAACCUGGUACUAUAGAGGAAACUGCACUGAGUGAGCCAGCAGUAAUGAGGCUUUUGGUUGGUCAACUUUUAAAGGAUGAUGUAGAACGUGAUCAUAUGCUGAUUAUCCUCGACUGUCUACAAUUUAUGGCUCAUCACGACAAAGGGCCAUUUUUUAUCUGGUGAAAAUAUCAAUUAUAUCAUUCAUUCAAUAAUCUUACAUAGUAUACAUAUUUGACGUUACCUCUUUAACUUUGCUUUUGAAAUACCCUAGACUAUUUAUUCUUUCAU